AUGACAGGAAACAAAUUCGACCUCGAUCACCUCGAAGCCAUCAAUGAGCAAGAAGCUCAACUCUUCACUGUGAAAGAGGGACUAUUGUUCCUCGAGACGUCAACACUUGAAGCGCGUAACAUGGAGAAAGCUUUCCAUUCAAUUAUGUUGGACAUUUAUCAGAUUAUAAGCAGAAAAGCCCUGGUGGCUCAGGAGGUUGCUGCUGCUAAUAUUCCUGGUCAAGGCACUGCCAUUAAGAUUGGAGAUUAUUCUGAUAAACAGAUUAUCGAGAACUAUUUUCUUGAAUUGAAUCAUUCGAUUGAUCGGCAAUCGUUGGUGGAUCAAACUGUAUAA